AAAUGUGCACAAAACAUGGCGUGCUUAAUGUGUUUUCCAUAAAAAAAUUCCCCAUUCAAUGCCAAACAAACUAUAAACAAAAUUGCGUUUCGUGAAAAUUUAGCGAAGAAUCAUCUGUUAUUAUUUGACAUCGGAAAAGAUUCAAGUGACAUUUUUUUAUGCAAUUUUCCAAAUCAUUUCUUCCAAAAAAUUAAACGAAAAAAAAAUGAGUGACACAAUAUUAAGUCGGCAUAAAAACAAAUAAAAACAUGGGUGCGGUGUUCAAUAAACCGAGCAACUCUAAGAAAACCAUAUUUUUGAUUGAACGAAAUACGUAAAUCAAUUUUCUUUCUCAAUAAAACAACGUUUCAUCCACGAAAACAGAUGCAUAUGAUAAUGAUGUUUAUGACCAAUGCAUAUAAAAUCGUUUAGUUUGUUUGUUGGUGUUUUUAUUUUAUUAAAUCUUUUAAAUACAUAUAUAUUUAUUCGGUUAAAUGUCGGAGUUUAAAGAAGUUGACGACCGAAAAUUUGGUCAGCAGUACGUAUUGAAUAGCAGUGAUUUUAGCGGAAAUAACAUCGAUGCGGAAGAAUUGGCAAAUGCAUGUCGUCGACUUGGUAUAUCUGGACCAUUAGAGCCAUUAUUGCGAGAUCUCAAAAAGAAAAACGAUAAAUACGCAACACCAUCAUCGCCAGCAAUUAGUAAAGACUACAAUAAAGAAUCACCCAGAAAGACAUCACAACGCAAAGAGAAACGGACAUCAAGCAAUUGUAAAACAAGACAUUCGCCGGAAUUUCAACCGUUCGAACCAUUCGAUACAAGAAACGGCGGAGGCGGUGGCAGCGGUUGCGGUAGCGGUGGUUUUGGUAAAAAUUCAUAUGGUAAAGAGUCAUGGGGAAGAGAUUCUGGUGCACGUGAUCUAUCGCCCGAACCAAAUAUGCAUCGAUUGCACGAGACAUUGUCGGCUGAAAGUCAACCAAUCGACACCGAAACGGGUGGCGGUACAUCAGCAAUGCUACAUCUGGCCAGCAAAUUACAAGUUGCGGCACUGUCAGCUCUCGAAACAGAAGUGGUUGAAUUGUCGGAACGUCUAAAAAUAUCAGAACAACAACGUGAUUUAAUUCAAAAGAAAUUAAAUGAAGCGCUUGAUGAUAAGGAACGAACACAACGCCGAUUGGAAUCGAUCGGUUCGGCACAUGAAAGUCGCAUCACUGAAAUGCACUGUGUCAUUGUUGAGCUGAAUAAAAAACUGAAAUUUCAACAAGAAAACGCCAUUAUUGAAGAUCAAGAGCCGGACGGAAGUCGAAGUGUUAGUGAAUUAAGCUUUCAAGAAGGGUCUGUGUACAACUCAGAAAUGGAAUGCAUCAACUAUGAACAACAGUCCCAAACUGAGCCGCUCGAUGUCAAAUUAGAACAGGCUGAAGAAAAGACGGAAAGUCAUUAUUCAAUGCCACAAAUAGCUGCAAAUGUUGGCGGCGGACAAGUACAGAUACAAGCAAUGCAAGAGGAGAUUUUGUACUUACGAAGUCACAUGGCAUUGCUUCAAUCGAAACUGGCAUCAAUACAGGAUAAUGUUGACAAUGUUGAUGUUGACAGCGGUGCCGGAAAGGGAAAUGAUUUUGAACAUUUGCGCGUCUCACCAAAUGCUCGAUCGAAUUAUACAAGUGACGAUUUAUGUGAAACGGCCGAAAUUUUCGAUAUAUCACAACAUCUAGAUGAAACAGCGGCGGCGGCUGCAGUGAUGAAAGCUCAAAAAUACAAACAUAAAUUACAACAAAAAUUAACCGUAUCGCAUGGACUGUGCGAUAGUUUUUCAUCGCUUAGUGGCAACCACACCAAGCAACGGGCAUGUGAAUCGAUUCGAUUGAAUCACAAAAAUGUCGAUUCAAGCGACAACACAAAUCACAAAGAAAACGAACAAUGCACCGACGGUGCUGAUGGUGAUGCUAAAAUUCAACGAUUACAACGAUGCAUCGAUCAUUUGCGUGUACAAAAUAAUUUGCUGUCGUUGAAUUUGGGCGAUAGCAAAGCGCAUUGUGAACAUUUGUACUUACUUUGCGGUAAAUAUGAAUCGAACGCAAUUGCAUUGAAUCAGGCGUUGAAUCUCAGUGAUCGUACAAUUGAAGCAUAUGACGUAAUGUUGGCUUUAUUAGAGAGUAAAUUAGCAAUUUUGGAGCAUGCUCAUUCAGCGAUUGAAAAUCGUAAGGCAGCCGAAUCAGUUGCAAAACGUUUGAUGGUCCGUUUAGAGAAUGAUAAAAAUAAUCAAGGUAAUAGCCUGGGACCGUGGCAAGAUGCCGCCAGCGUAAUGUAUGGCAGCGGCGGUGGUAGCAAUAAUGAUCAUAACGCAUGGACCGAUGAAGAUGAUCAAAAAUUACGUGAUCAAAUGUCAAAGUUAAAAGGACAACGGGCUGCCGUACAGAAUACGGUCGUAAAUUUGGAAUCGCCGUACAAAGAUUAUGAUGCGAUAAUGACAAAUAGUCAAAAAAUGAAUGAUCAUAUCCAAUGUAAUCGAAAAUCAGAAAUUGAAAUGGCCGUUCUCAUGGAGGAAUUAAUGGGCGUUCGCGAAAAUUUUAACGAUAUGAAAUAUCGUGCCGAACAAUCGGAACGUGAAAAAAAUUUAGCGCUUGAAGCCUUAAUACAUUUGCAAGCGCAAUUGGCCGAUUCAGAAGCAUUGCUUGCCAUAUCGAAUAAGGAACGUGGCGCAUCAUAUACAGAUGCCGAGCAUACGGCUGGCAUUGAAUUGGAAUUGGUUGAAGCAUUGGCACGUGAAUCACGAUUGAAAGCAAGACUUCAAGCAUUGGCCAGUUCAUUGGAAACAGCAACUAAAUCAUCGGAAGAAAAGUAUGCAUCGACUGUGGCUGAACUCAGACAAGCCAAUUUGUCUCUCACGCAAAGUCUGGACCGUUGCAAGCGAAAAUAUCAAGCUCGUCUCAAACGAAUGGAGCAACACCUGAAAGAAUUAUCAUUAAAACGAGAUGCAGAAAGUGGUGAAAAGAUACUUGUGCCAGAAACCACGCUGUAGACGCAUCUCAUAAUUGAUUAUUAUUAAUAAUUUUUCAUUUUGGACUUGAAAUUCGUAUCAAUAACAAUUAUCUAUUUUUGGGCUCGCUUAUAUAUAGAACAAAGGAAAAUGAUAAUGUCAAUUUUGAAGAACAUUAUAUUUUCGAUGAACGAAAUGUUUAUCAUUUCUUUUUUCGAAAAAUUUACAAUCGCUAGAUAUAUUUGCAAAUGGAAAUGUAAGAAAAAACCGAAUGUGUAUGUGUAUGUUGCAGCUUAUGCAUUUAAUAGCAAUUUGGCUUUAAUUGAAGGUUCACUAUUUUACAUACUUAUGUAAGGCUUAAAUUGUUAUCACAUUAAUAUCAGGAAAUGAAACCAAAAGCAAACAAAACACGAGAAAAACAGACCCACAGACAGAUACGAAGAGAAAUAGACCAACCAGACAAACGAACAUUCAUAGAUUAAAGAAAAUCAAUUAAACUAUCGUAGACAUUGUUAACACAAACGUAUAUGCGCAAUUCAUACCGCCGAUAAAUCUAAUUUAUUGAAGAUUUUUUUUUGUUCCUUUCCAUGUGUAUUACAUACCGUUAUAUUUGGUCUUUUUUUUUUGUUUUAACAUUGUUUUUUUUUAUUUUGACUAAUAUUAACAUUGCCAUAGUGAAAUGCACGAAUUCAAUUAGCUUACCAGCUGAGUGUUUGCCUUUUUUAGAUACGAACUAUUAAGAGAGUUUGAUAUUUUUUCUGCAUUUUUUAUUUUUAAAUAAUUAGAGAUAUAAUAUAUAUAUAAUUGUAACUAUGAAUGAAUCCCAUGGGACUGCUGAAUAUUUUGCUAAUAGCUAAUUGUUGCCAAAUGAAAUGGUAAAUUGUCGCUAAAUUAUCGAAUAUAUUGAACAAUUAUAAGCCACAUUCUCCAUUAACAAAUCUGGUUACACAUGUAAAGCAAAUCAACUGAAGAUGAAUGAUUCUCAUUGUAUUUUGAGCGAUUUCAGUGAAAUCGUGAGCAUAUUUUAAGUUUUAAUUUAUUGUAUUAGUGAAACAAUCGUCGUAUCUCUCUCGUUUCCAAAUGCAUUUGCAAUGGCCAUAAAGAGAAAAAAAAGAAAAUGAUGAAAAAGAAAGGAACGAUCGUUUUUCCUUUUCAAUUUAUGUUAUAUAUGUUAUGAUUAUAUUUAUCUGUUAUUUCACCAAGUCAUGUCACUUAUAAAACACUAGACAAUUGAGAUUAGUGAAUUUUUUGCAAUAAAUUUAAUUGAAUGUGUAUUGAUUUUUUCAUCAAGGAUGCAGAAAACAAAAUCAUUUGCAAUAUGUAUUUAAAGAAGAACAGCAAGUCGAAUAAAUAAAGAACAAUGCUUCGUACAAUGUCGAAA